AUGCCCAACCCCAACCGUAUUACAGAACGCCUUUUCCAGUCGCCGUCCAAAUACAUCCAGGGGCCCUCAGCCAUUCACAAUGCACCGAAGUACCUCGCGGCAUUCGGUACCGCCCCUCUGUUGCUCUCCGACGAACUUGUCUACGGAAUUGCCGGGAAGGAGCUCACCACGACACUAGAAGCAGCCAAGUUCAAGGUGACCAGGGGCAUCUUCGGUGGAGAAGCUUCAAAAGACGAGAUCAACCGCCUCACGAGCCUCAGCAAGUCCCACUCCGUCGACUUCAUCGUCGCCCUAGGCGGUGGCAAGACGAUUGAUACCGCGAAAGCUAUCGCGGACGACCUUGGGCUGCAGGUCGCGGUUUUGCCGACGACGGCUUCUACGGACGCACCCUGCUCCGCCCUCUCGGUACUGUACACCCCGAACGGCGAGUUCGAGAACUACCGCUUCUACUCGAAGAACCCGAACACCGUGCUUGUCGACACCAGCGUCGUCGUCAAGGCCCCGUACCGCUUCCUCGCAGCCGGUAUUGGCGAUGCCAUCGCGACGAACCUCGAGGCCAAGUCGGCGCGCAACAGCCCGAACUUCGGCGGCGGGCUGCCCACGGAGGUGUCUGCUGCUAUCGGCGCCAAGUGCGAGGAGAUUCUGUUCAAAUAUGGCAAGCAGGCUGUCGAGGCGAACAAGGCGGGGGCAGUAACUCCAGCGUUCGAGGCCGUCGUCGAGGCGAACACCCUUCUAUCUGGCCUAGGCUUCGAGUCGGGAGGACUAGCCGCCGCGCAUGCCAUCCACAACGGACUGACAGCUAUUCAUAGCGAGGCUCUCCAUAAGAUGAUGCACGGCGAAAAGGUCGCCUUCGGCACGGUCUGCCAGCUCGUCCUUGACAACGCAUCCUCGUCGGAGAUAGACCGCUACCUCGAGCUGAUGACCUCCGUCAGCCUCCCCGUGACACUCGCAGAGCUGGGCAUCGGCCAGGCGUCGGACGAGGAGCUGCACCGCGUCGCGAAGCUUGCGUGCGCGCCGAACGAGACGAUCUGGAACAUGGACCGCGUCAUCACACCCGAGAUCGUCUUCCACGCGAUCCGGGGCGCAGACGCGGUGGGCAGGGAUUACAAGGCGCGUAAAGGCUUGAAGGCAUAG